AUGGACCCAACCGAUCAGCAAGCACAUGAUGAAGCAAUGGCUUUAUCUCCUGAAAUAUUACAAGAAAAUAACGAAGACUUCAGAAAUCAAUCACCAGAUUUAAUAGAACACUUACAAAUUGAAGAAGAGAGCAGAUCGAACACUUCAAUUGAAAACAUUGAUAUAUCUUCAAGUGAAGAAGAAGCCGCCGCAACAAUAAACUCAAACAAAUAGCAUCCUAAAAGCUUAAUUCGGUGAGGAUUCUCUAAUUUAUAUUAAAUAGAAGCUUAUUUAUUUUUUUAAUUAUAGUUAAUUUAGCAUAAUAUAGCUUAUUAAAGGCCCAAGAUCAGGAAAAAUUCCAAAUCCUUGAGUCCCAUAUUGAUGUCUCGGAAAAAAACCGACAGAAAUUUCAAAUUCUAGAAAGCAAGCUUUUUGAAAAUAUCCAAGAAACUCACCUAAAAGGUUAUUCUUCAAGUGAAGAACUUGAAAUCCUGCAAGAUGAGUUAAAAAAUACUGAAGAUAAUAGAGAAAUAAAUAUUAAUAUAGCAAAUCAGAUUGAGUUUAAUGCGGAAAAAUUGCUGAUUGAUGAGGUUGCAAUAGCAGAUAUAGCUGUUGAAAAUUUUAAAUCAGAAAAACAAUUAUUUGAUGAUUUGGCUAUGAACUUGGAUGAGCUAAGAGAUUUUAGUAAUUUAUGCAUAAAUAGGAAAUAUAAUACUUAUUAAUAUUAUUUAAAACCUAUUUCUAUUAAUAAAAUAAUUAUUAUUUUAAAAUUUUCAGUAUAUUUCUGAUAGAAAGGAUAAAUGAUAGAGACGAAGCUAAAAAAGAAAUCCCCAGCAUUGAGUUUGGCGUUUUACUAAUCAAAGAAGAGCCUUCAAAUAAAACUUUUGAAGACUUAGAAAAAUCUGAGAUAUGCGAUUUAGUAGUGUCUGAUAAGAAUAGAAAUCUAAAUACAUCAAAUUUGGUAGAAAUUAGUAAUUUAGAUAAUGCUCACAUAGCCAUUUCUAAAAAAGAAUUUAUUUAUCCAAAUGCUCAAAAAGCAAUUUUAGAGCCUUAUUCAGCAUUUCUCUGCUGAUCAUCUGCAAAAAUACUUUCAAAACCUUUACCUAGCAUCUGUGUCAUUGAAGAAAAAACCAAAAAAAUUUUUAUAACCAAAAGCAGCUUACUCUACCUCCUUGGUGAAAGAACAAAAUCAUAUUUGGGAUUUUGAUUUCCUUUGUUUCCAAACAAAUAAUUUAUUUUUAAUAUAAAUUUUCUACAAUAAACCAUAUUUUAAUAAUCUUUAAAUAAUAUUAUAAAGAUUUAUUUUUAUAUAAUUUUAAUAUAAAUCUUUUAAAAAAAUUAUAAUUUUUUGCAAGCAAAAAAUUUUUCUUGCAGGCCAAUGGGAGUUAGAAGUAAUUCACAAACCUUUAUGUGAAAUUUAUUUAAAUGAAAUUGAUUUAACAAAUCAAAUUUCAAAUAAAACAAUCGAACAAGAUAUUACUAUUCCAAAAAGCAGCCCAAAAGAAGAAAAAAUAGAAGAAAAAUUGCCAUCACCUUCAAUUCCCCAUCCCCUUCAAAUAGAAUUGUCAAAUAAUUCAAUAAAUAUCAACAAAUCUCCUUGCUGUGCUAAUAAAGAAACCCCUCAUAAAGUAAAGAUAACUUCAAAUGAGCUAAAAAUCGAAAUCAACAUAAAUAAAGAAAAGCAUCACCACGAUUAUAAAGUCAAUGACGUUUCCGAGCAAUCCACCAACAACUGCAAACUCAUAGAAAAAACUAUCAGCUUAAUCUGCAAUGAAAAAAAAUCGAAAGAAGAAAUGAAGAAAAACCAAAAAGAAUACUCGAGAUACAGCCAUUUACCAAUCCAAGGAGAAAUUAAAAAGAACAGAAUAAACUUCCAGCCUGACGCACGCAGCACAUCAUCAUGUGCAAAUUGUUGCUUGCUUUAA